AUUUGUUGAAGGUGGUCAAUUUCGAACCCAUCAAUUAAAAAAUUUCAGGUCGACAAUUGGGUUCUCUCUCUCUCUCUGGUAUUUGUAGCAUUAUUUCAAGUUGAAAAAAAAUGGGAGAUGGAAGGCCAAGGUAUGAUGGCGAUGACAAAGGGUUGUUCUCUCAGCUUGCUGGAUAUGCUGCUGGAUACUAUCCUCCACCUCCUGGUGCGUAUCCUCCUCAAGGAUAUCCUUAUCCUCCUCCAGGAGGGUACCCACCAGCUGGAUAUCCUCCUCCAGGAGGUUACUCUCCAGCUGGAUAUCCUCCUCCUGCAGGAUACCCACUGGCUGGCUAUCCUCAACCGGGUGGAUACCCACUACCAGCAUAUCCUCCCCCUGGUGGAUAUCCCGCAGCUGGUCAUCCAGGUCCAUCAGCUCCAUAUCAUUCAGGGCAUGGACGACCUAAUGUUGGAGCAAUUAUCGCUGGGGGUACCGCCGCCGCCGCCGCUGCUUAUGGGGCUCACCAGCUCUCACAUGGUGGUUUCUUAGGCCAUCACCAUGGAAAAUUCAAGCAUGACAAGUUCAAGCAUGGGAAGAAGUUUGGCAAGCGCUGGAAGCUUGGGAAGUUUGGAAUGCAUUUGGGGAAGUUCAAAAAGUUCAAAAAAUGGAAGUGAUCCCUUUGGUCCUUGAUUUUCUUGCAUUACUGGCAGUGGCUCUUUGUUAUUGGAUCUUUGGGAUGUUGGUUAGCUUUAGUGAUCGCUAUUCUGAGUGUUGGAGCACUUUCGUCCAUGUAAGAUUACAAAUUGUUCAUAUGGUGGUUUUGUUUGUACGUAGGAAUCAAUUGGUUUCCAUUUUGAGCUAAAUAUGCCCCAAUAAGUAGGCCUAUCAAGGGAGGUGAGUUCAUAUCGGGUAUUAGAGAGU